CUAGUGAGGAUAUAACUAGUAUUUUGUACGAUGUGUUUGAUUACUUUGAGGAUGUUAGGGAAAAUAAUGGGAGGGUGUUUGUUCAUUGUUAUCAAGGGGUGUCAAGGUCAACUUCUCUUGUUAUUGUUUACCUUAUGUGGAAGGAAGGGUAGAGUUUCGAUGAUGCUUUUUAGAUUGUGAAGGCGGCGAGAGGUAUUGCCGAUCCGAAUAUGGGUUUUGCUUGUCAACUUUUUUAGUGUCAGAAAAGGGUCCAUGCGUUUCCUCCUAGUUCUAGCUCUUUGUUGAUAAUGUAUAGGAUUGCUCCUCACUCACCAUAUGAUCCUUUGCAUCUUAUUCUGAAGAUGUUGACUUAUAUGUAUUUGUCUGCUCUUGACUCUAGGAGUGCAUUUACAAUGCAUAUUCCUUCUGAAAUAUGUGUGUGGAUUGAUAAGAGUUGUGAGACUAUCAAGGAAAGGGAUACCAGAGGGGUUGCAGGUCAGAUUGUUCGGUAUGGGAGAGUGAAAAGAUCUAUUAUCAUGAUUAUACAAGGUGGGGAACCGCCUUAUUUUUGGGAUGUUUUUUCAAUUUUGUUUCCUUUAAUGGAUAUAUCUAGAAGUGGAGUAAAAAGUAGCAAAACAAGUGUUAAAAUUUUUCUCUGUGAGAGGAAAGUCGAUGCAUAUGAUGUCGAUUUUGAAGUUUUUGGAAUAGCCAUCAUGGGAGGUUGUAUGCCUCCGUUUGGGUCAUCAGCGAAUGAACAUGAAACCCAUAUUCCCACAAGAGAGAGUAACCGAAGUGUUUUAAGGCGGAAAUAUUCCUCCACAAAUGUGAAGGAGUUUGUUUCAGCCCUUAAGUUAUCAUUUCGACAAGUUUAUUCAGAUUCCAUGUUGUGUAUUCAUGCAUCUGCAAUUUCAUUUCCAUCCCCAUCAGCAUCGUUAAGAAAACUGUAUGGUCAGUGCUUGGAUCUAUCCCCACUUUUCUCAAAAUCAGUAUUGAUGAUGGCUAUCAUAACACCUCCCUCAUAUGCAAUUCAAUUUAAUUUAUGGUAUGUUAUUGUUUCGAAUCCGUUCAGAAUACUUAAUUUUAUCUUAAGGGUAAAACCUUUCCUUGGUGUAUUCAAAUUUGUGCCACAUAUACUCUUUGAUAACAGUACCAUUAGCUAUCAAGAAAUUAUACUAAUUGCUACCAGCUAG